CUCGCUUUUAAGUUUUUAGAAGUUGAAUUAAAAUGCUUAAAAAGUCGAUUUAACGUAAAAAAACUUUUUGAGUAAGAUUAGAAGAUAUUUAAAAAUAAUAAAGUUAAGUUUGUAAAUAUGAUUUGUAUUACUUACUUUGAAAUGAAAAUUUUGAAUUACAUAAAUAAUCAGCAAAAGAGCUAAAAAAUAUGUCUUAUAGUUCCUCAAAUGCAAGCAACGAAAAUGAGGAUGAAUUUGAAGCAGAAGAAUGUAAUGCUCUGCUUCCUACAAAAGAUUUUGUGCUAGAAAUGAAUUUGUUUUUAGAACAAUCAAUAACUUCUCACAGCGAAAAAGUUAAUGAAAGAGCUUUAUUAUUAAAUCAAGAAAUGCAGAAAACACUACAGAAUAUAAAACCAUUGUUGGAAAAGUUAGUACAAAAAUGCCGAGCUAAAUAUAAACAUAAUGAGCACAUGUUAAAAUUAUUGAAGCUAAUGAACAGAAAAAAUCCUUUGAAGGCAAUUAACAAGUCGUACCAAGUUUGCGGUAUCCCUUAUUUUAAAACCAAACAGAAAUUUUCACAUCCCCCCAACGAAGACUAUUUAAGGCGAAAAAAUAAUAUGGAGGUAUUCCCAGUUGAUAUAUUGUACGAUAAACAAAAUUAUUGGUCUUUGAAAGAUAAAGCAGCCAUUAUAGAGGGUGUAAAAGAACAAGUAGUGGAACACUUAUCUGGUAGAAAAAGAAAUGAACCCUGUACUUCAAUUGGCCAUGAAAUAAGAUCAAAUAAACAAACAUUAUUACGUGAACAAUUAUCAAAUUUGCUUCCUCAAUGUGAUAAAAAAUUUAAAAUAUGUUGGUAUCGAGUUUGUACAGAAUACGUCAAAUCACAUAAGGAACAUCUUUGCGAUGCCAUGUGGAAUAUGUAUUUAAAGCCAGGAUUAUCUCGAGAUCCAUGGGAUGAUAAGGAAAAUAAUGUUUUGCUAGGAGCUGCAACAGAUAAUAAUUUUCAAAAUUGGUCAAAAAUAGCUAAUAUCAUUGGAAAUAGAUCUGAAUUGCAGUGCUUUACUCAAUAUUUUACAGUUCUAUUACAUUACCAAUCACAAAAAGUAACAAAAUGGACUCCAGAAGAUGAUGAGAAAUUAAAAAAAGCAGUUAAAAAGUGUAGUAUGAAUAACAUAAUACGAUGGAAUUUGGUCAAACAACAUUUUCCAAAUUUACGAACUUCUCAAUUACAUCACAGGUACCAUUACAGCGUGGAUCCCAAUAUAAAUAAGUCGAAAUUUACAUGGAUAGAAGAUUGUGCUAUUUUGGCAGCAAUAGAACAGUAUGGAGAGACUUUUAAGGAUUUCCCUCUUGGAUUACUCCCAGGAAGAACAAUCGUUCAAAUUAGAAAUCGGUGGCACAACACGUUAAAACAUAGUGGAAAGCAUUCAUUUUGGAGUAUAGAUGAAGAUAAAAAGCUCCUUGAAUUGGUUGCAAGACAUGGGGAAGGGAACUACAGUGUUAUAUCCAGCGAAUUUUUAAAUAAAUCUAGAUGUAGUGUGCGACAAAGACUCUACACAAUUAAAAAAUUUUUCGAAAGGACACCUAACGCAAAAAUAGAAAAUUGUCCACGAAGGCAUAAACCAUUACGGACUGCAGUUACAAGUGAAAAUUGGCAACAAAAAAUUACAGAAAAUUUAGACAAUCCAAAUAAAAAUCUGGGUAAAAGUAUGGAAACAAAAGAUUCGACUCGAAAAUAUUAUAACUCAUUGCGUUCUUUGGAAAAAAAGUAUUAUCAGAUUUUUAAAUUCUCAUAUGACUACUCCUUUAAAAAGGAAUUAUUUUCCAUGUAUAGUAUUUCAAAUUUAAAUUUUUUAGUUGAUUUGCUGAAAGUCAACAUCGACAAAAAAACAUUAACGCAUACAAAAGCAAUGUUUAAUGCUGAAGACUAUUGUGCAUUGCAAAAGUUAGUAGAAUAUAGAAAAAAGGGGGACUACAAAAAAAUUGAAAGUGCAAACCUUCCGCCAAGUUGGUCUACGUUACUUGGAUUUCGCGGUGCAUGCAUUCAAUGCGCAUCUACAAUUCAUACGAAAUCCACGGAUAAAGUAAGUAAAGAAUCCAUAAUCAAUACCGAAAAAGGAGAAUUAGCGAAAAAUUUAUUUCGUAAACGUUUUUAUACUAUGUUUUAUAAAACCGCCCUGUUAAGUAGAUUAGACUGUUUUAUUCCUCAUGAGGUUUUGUUGUCUAACGGUAAAAUAUUAGAGAGUAUAGCAAAAAACGAACUUUCGGAAAAAGAUUGCAAUUUGCGAAAAAGAAGAAAUUCUUGUACCGACCCUGAAGAAACCAAUCGAAUUAAAGAAAUAAAAUUGGAAAUAUAAAUUUAAUUUCUUUUAAUCCUUAAUGUAGAAAAAAUUUUAAAAUAAGUAUGUAUAUGUAAUUUAAUUGAAGAAAAUUUGGAUAUAUGUAUUUUUGCUUAGAUAGGUACUUGGAUUAAUAUUUUGAAAUAGAGACAAAUUGAAAAUAAAAUCUUCAU